GGGCUGUCAAAUUUUUGUGGGCUGUAAUUUUGCAAUUCCGGUCUGUUGAUAUAGCUACUUGUUUAUUCGUGUUCGAUUUUGGAAUAGUUUUUGUUAGAUAUCUAGUUUUUCAUUUUAUUAUUGAAGUGAAGUCCACAAACCUUCUUUGCUACUCACCAAAGUCAUUUGGAGAAUUUAAGCGUAGCGAUUCGAUAUAUCGGAAACGAGAAAAGAAUGUCAAAAAACAAAUUCAAUUUAACUCUUCCACCAGUGGAGCCAGACCCAGUCUCCACUCCCAGUCCUGGAGAGACAUCAGGCAGAAGUAGUAACAUAGCAGCAGCUAUCAACUCUGCCAAGUCAAUGACACAGACUAGUAGUGUAGUAAUACACACUGGAAUUGACAGUGGAAAUACAACAAUGGGAAAUACAACAUUAGAAGCGUUACAAAGACAGCUAGAAGAACUAGAUAUUGAUGACCUUCAGAGACAGAGAUUGCACAAGUUUCUCUCACAAAAACAGGAAGUUGGAGAAUUGACUGAUGAUGAUUUUGACAAACUUGGUGAACUAGGUGCUGGAAAUGGUGGAGUAGUAACAAAAGUCAGACACCGUCCUUCAGGUUUAAUCAUGGCCAGAAAGCUAAUACAUCUUGAAGUGAAGCCUGCUAUCAAAAAGCAAAUUAUAAGGGAGCUGAAAGUCCUUCAUGAGUGUAACUCACCUCACAUAGUAGGUUUUUAUGGAGCAUUCUACAGUGAUGGGGAAAUAAGUAUUUGUAUGGAAUAUAUGGAUGGGGGAUCAUUGGACUUGAUUCUAAAGAAAGCAGGCAAAAUUCCAGAACAAUAUUUAGGAAAGAUAACCAUUGCUGUUCUGAAAGGGUUGAGCUAUCUCCGAGACAAACACCAAAUUAUACAUCGGGAUGUCAAACCAAGCAAUAUUCUGGUCAAUAGUCGAGGCGAGAUCAAGAUUUGCGACUUUGGAGUCUCAGGCCAACUCAUUGACUCUAUGGCGAAUUCAUUUGUAGGAACAAGAAGUUACAUGUCGCCAGAGCGGCUACAGGGAACACACUAUUCUAUUCAAAGUGAUGUAUGGUCUCUGGGGCUUUCGUUGGUUGAAAUGGCAAUAGGCAUGUACCCUAUUCCGCCACCUGACCCGCAAGCUUUAGCUGCCAUUUUUGGUGCGAAGUUCAGUGAAGACCCUGACAACAUGACACCGUCACCCAGCAGUCGAUCCCCUCGUCAAAGCCAAUUUCCCGGAGGAGUAAGUAACGGUCCCAGGCCAAUGGCAAUAUUUGAGCUUCUGGAUUAUAUCGUCAAUGAACCGCCACCCAAACUACCAUCUGGCGUCUUCUCCGUAGAAUUCAAAGACUUCGUUGAUCGGUGUCUCAAGAAGAAUCCGGCUGAACGCCCUGCUCUUCGCACCUUAAUGGGUCACGAAUGGGUAAGGAAAUGGACUUCUGAAAAUGUAGAAAUUGCUAGUUGGGUAUGCACGGUCAUCGAGUUACAGCCUUCCACACCCACUAAACAUCCCGAAUAACUUUUUUGGUUUUCCACUUUCUGAUAAACUUCUAACAAUCAUACUGUUUAAAGAAAGUCCAUUAUCUUUUCUUGUGCUUUUCUACUAAAAAAAAACAUUGCAGAUUACAGUUGGAGUUUUAUAUGUUAUCCAUCCACAGUAGCACCCAAAAAGCCCUUGAGCUUGCAAAUGUACUGUUUGUCCGAAUCGUCCAAUUUUGUUUGUCAGCUCGUCCGCCCGGUUAACACAGGGUAAGUAGAUGUGUUUUAAUUUUCCAAAAACAGUCGUAGAAUUUGUGUGCGAUGCUAUGACAUGGUAUACGAAGCAAAUUAAUGCACAAAAUUCGAUAUUUCCAACGUGUACCCCUUCUUUGUUCGCCCUGCCACUCCAAUCCUUUGUCAGAUCGAGAAGCUAGAUAGUUAAUGAAGACAGAUCCGUCUUUGAUGUUAAAGCUUGGAAAGAAAAGAUGAGGAAGUUGGAAUUUUCUAUUUGAUGAAUUUGGCGGCGUGCUGGAAUCACCCAGACUGAACAUUCCAAGCUCUCCUCACCUUUUUUUUUUCCCCUCCAAAUAAAUUCUGCUGUUCGCGCCUAUAUAGCUGCAAUUUUUCUGACUUAUUUCCCAUUCCUUCUUUGAAUUGUAGCAAAGAAGCAGAACUUAAUUGACGCAAAAAAGAAAAAAAAAAUCGCAUUGCAUGCUACUGGACUCGGCAGAGUUCGAUAGUCCAGAACUAUUGUUUAGUCCCCUCUCCUUUCUUUGCUUUGAAACGAAGAGUGAGUGCACAUAACUGUGUAUGAUUUAGGUUUCCUCAUGAAUCAAAUAUAAAAAAGUAUUGGUUCAA